ACGAGGGGCUGUGGCUGCCCCGUGGCUCAGGGAUGUUCCCUUGUCGCUGCCACCCUCCGGAGGUGGCUGGGAGGGACUCCCCAGCAGCCCCUCAGCUGCCUCGGAUGCCUCAGGGGAGCCCCAGCCUGGUUCUCUUCUGUUUUGGGCAGUUUUCUUCCCUGUGUUUGUGUCCAGGUGCUCAGCACCCCUCACUGCCCCCCAGACCCCCUGGGAUCUGCUGAUGCCUCUGCUGUCCCGUUAAAGUGCACCCCCUCCUGAGACUCCAGGGACGGAAUCUCUGUGCACCGAGCACGGGUUCCAGCACAUUCUAGCACUGAGAUUCUAGCACAUUCUAGCAUCUCUGUGCACCGAGCACGGGUUCCAGCACAUUCCAGCACGUUCCAACACGCAGCCUGCUCCAGCCGCUGUUCAAGGGACAGGAAGCGCCAUUAUUUCUCUUUGUUAUUUCUCUUUAUUCUUCCCCAUAACUGUGCUUCCAAAGGCCUUUUUCUCCACAAGGAGCAUGAUGCUGACGUUCCUAAGGAAUGCUUUUCCACCUUCCCCCACAGAGGCAGGUGGCUCGUCCACCUGCUGUGGUCAUGUACCCAGCUGUGUGUCCCGUUGGUGGCAUUUUGUCCCUUUUCUUGGGCUUGUACCGAGUUUGUGUGGCAAACAAACUGCCCCCACGCCCAGGAGAGCCAGAGGCAGCUGGCUCCAGCAGGGACCUGCUGCUGGCCCAGGCAGGGCCCCGGGGACGGCAGCAGCUCCUCAGGUGUUAUUGUGCAUUAGCGGGGAUAAUGUGUUUAGGGAGGGGAAAAGAGUCCUUGUGUGCUGGGAACUGCAGCCGGAGAGGAAUGACAGCGUGAGAGAGCCGCCCCCUGCAGCCCCCCGGGCCACCAGGAGGGGCGAGAGGAGGCGAUCCGAGAGCUGCAGCAGGGAUUCCCCACAGCCUGUGGGGGCCCGGGGCUGGCAGAGACCCCCCCAGAGCCUGGGGAGCCCCCCGUGGCAGCAGAGACCCCCCUGCAGGACCUGGGGGAGCCCAUGCAGGGCAGGUGGGUGCCCAGAGGGGUCUGUGACGCCCUGGGAAGCCCCACGGGAGCAGGGUCCUGGCAGGGAGCCGUGGGGAGAGGAGCCCGUGCAGGAGCAGGGUCCUGGCAGGGAGCUGUGGGGAGAGGAGCCCGUGCAGGAGCAGGGUCCUGGCAGGAGCCGUGACCCUGUGGGUGCCUCAGGCUGGAGCAGCCCCUGGGGGACUGUCGCCAUGGAGGGGACACACAGAGGAGCAGUUUGUGCGGGCACAGCCCGCGGGAAAUGCCGGCUGCAGAGGGCUGUCUGCCUCCCACUCUGGGCAGGCAGGGAUAAUCACACAUCCCCCGAGCACACAGACACAGCUCUCUCCCGGGAUUUUCCCGGGAAGCUGCGAGAAGCUGUGAGACAGCUCAGAGACAAGAACGAGAAACAAUUCUGCUGCCCACUUGCUGCUGCUGCUGCUGUGCCCGUGUGGAACGUGCUGUGGAGGUUGCUUUACCAAAGGGUGGCUUGCUGACCGGACUCUGGCGAUGGAGCUUGGAUUCGCUGGGUCGAAUUCCACGUCCCGGGUGCCUUGGGCUGCGUGCCAGGGGCUCGGAGCCCCCUGCCCGGGGCGGGAGCCCAGAGGCACGUCCUGGGUCCCGCCGUGGCUGAUCAGCUGCUGCAGUGGUGGCCCAGUGCCCGUCGCUCCCGGCAGGGACUGCAGCACCUCUGCCCUCCCUCAGGAGCAGAAACCCGAGGGUCGCCCCAGCCCUGUGCCCCUGCACCCCCGGGAGGGAGGAGCUGGAGAGCAGGGAGCAAAGCUGAGCCUGGGGGGCAGGGAGGGGCGAGGGGAACCAAACCCAGUCCUUCUGGGAUUCAUUUUCCUUCUUGUUGCCCCGCUCUGACACGAUUGGUAAUAAAUUAAACUGAUUUUCCCGAAUCGAGUCUGCUUUGAAAAUCCUCACGGGGCUUUGGGGCUCAGGGAGCGAUGCCGGGUUUAAAUCUGAGAUUAAAAUCUGAGUUUAAAUCUGAGAUUAAAAUUCCCCAAUCCAAAGGGUCCUUGGCUGGCUGUGACCUGGGGAGAUCCGACAGUUUUACUGCUCGAGCUGGAAUUUUCCCCAUCC